AUGCUUCGGGGACCAUCUUCUAUCAGAGUACUCAAGCCCCUCUUGACCAUCGCUGGUACAGCAGGCAUUAUAGUAACCUCACUAGCGACACUUCGCUUUGGAAUGCUCACACUGACAAUCGAUAUUCUGGUGAAAUUACUCGUCACUUUUGCCUACACCCAUGGCUUGUCUAGCGUUCGUGGUCGAUUGCAAAAGGCAAAGGUUGAAGAGUUUCACAGUCAAGCGGAAGCAACUAGCAAUCCGGAGCAAGAUGUUUUCGCCGAGAAGGUGGACAACUUUGAUACCCGGAGUUCCAGCAGCGCAACAGAGUACGCCGACGGCCCACGAAUGACAGCCACCGUCGUUGGAUGGCGAGAAGACGAAGAGCUGUACCGUACAUGUCUCCGAGGAUUUGCAUUCGAUCCACAAUGCGGACCCGUGAUUGCCGGUAUAGACGGGGAUACAGAAGCGGACGAGGACAUGUUGAAGACCUUUCUGAGUGUUUUCCCAGAUGGACAUGUAGUUCGAUUGAAAGAACCUCUUUCGCAAACACUUGAUCGAUACAUGCUCUCCGCCAAUCUAGGCGACUUCGAGGACGAACAGAAUUGCAAAUUCGUCAUGGACCAUGUAUCGAGCGCGAUCCGGAGCGCCAUCGCAGAGCAACUGUUUCCUCAAGGCAUCAAAAAUAUUCAAGCCCUAUGCGUGAUUCAGCCCCACCGAUCGAAGAAGGAUAUUCUAUUCACGGCCUUGAGUUUUGCGUCGAUCAUAUCAGAGGAGCUGGGUUUCGAUUAUCUCUUCAGUACGGAUUCUGAUUCCGCAAUCAUGCCAGGAGCAAUGAGCGAGAUGACCAGAAUGUUCGAGAGUGAUACCAAUGUUGGCGGCGUCUCGGGCCAUCUGCGCUUCUCUCACCCCCAGCCUACUUUCCUCUCUCGCAUGACAGCGUCGCACUACUGGUUCGAGCAGGAGAUUUCCAAGGCCCAAGGAUCGAUCUUUGGGGCAACGGAAUGCCAACCGGGCCCUUGUGCUGCAUUCCGAGUCUCGGCUCUCAAAUCCGUCCUCGUUCCGUGGCUUUGUCAGCGGGUUUUCGGACACAGAACAGGAAGUUUCCUCCUUGAUAUAGACCCCGUCACCAAUGAAGAUCGGCAUUUGACGACCAGAAUUCUAUGGGCCGGGUAUACUGUCCAUUAUGCCCAUAAGGCCAUCGUGUACACGGACGCGCCAAACAAUUUCACCGCAUGGGUCAAACAACAAGUUCGAUGGUCCAGGGUAACGAUGAUCGAGACUCUCUGGUACCCAUGGAUGGUCAACCGACUGUACCCGUGGCACAUUUACAACAUUUUGAAGGCUCGGUCCAUGCCAUUACUGGUCUUCAUGAGCAUUACAUCCUGCGCCUUGGGACUGGAAACCCCGACCCCAAUCACUGUCGCUGUCCUCGCCGAUGUGUUCUGUAUGUAUGCACUCCAAGUCGUAUAUCUGGUGCACGUUAGCGCAGACUUCGCUACCCGCUCAGAUAUCAUUUGGCUUGUACCCUCGAUCGCCUGGUUCUUUUUGAUGAUGCCUGCGAUUGUGGUAUGGUCGCUGGUAACAAUUCAAGACGAUUCUUGGGGUAAUAUUCCAAGAGGAUCGCUUGGGACGAAGGGAGGAAAAGAAAUGAUCCAACCUAGGGCUAUGACGGGUAUUAAGCAUAUUGGCUUUAUGAUAGUAUGGAUUGGGGUGAUUCUGGUUGCGGUAGGCCGGGUGGUCUUCUCUUUAUGGCGAGCAUAA